CCGCCUCUUCCGCUUCCGGCGCCGCCGCGAUGAUCGGGGACCUGCUGCUCUGCGGGACGCUGCUCAUGAACGCCGGCGCCGUGCUGAACUUCAGGCUGAGGAAGAAAGACACGGAGGGCUUCGGCGAAGAGUCCAGGGAGCCGACGACUGUUGCAGGUGACAAUAUCAGAGAGUUCUUGCUGAGUCUCAGAUAUUUUCGAAUCUUCAUUGCCUUGUGGAACGUCUUCAUGAUGUUCUGCAUGAUUGUGUUAUUUGGAUCUUGAAAAUCAUCCACAAACGUGUCUGUUAACUUGGAGGAGACUUGGCUGGAAACAUAACUUUUCUAUAAAGUAAAAGAUCAUAAAGUUUUGAAAAUACUG